CUCUCUCUCUCUCUCUCUCUCUCUCUCUCUCUCUGUGUGAUGCUGCAGCUCUUGUAGUCUCUCCAGUCUCCAGUAAACAGCAGUCAUGGCGACAGUGGUCCAACCGCUCUCUCUUGAUCGAGAUGUUGCCAGGGCUAUCGAGCUGCUGGAGAAGCUGCAGGAGUCGGGUGACGUGCCGGGUCACAAGCUGCAGUCUCUGAAGAAAGUCCUUCAGAGUGAGUUCUGCACGGCCAUCAGAGAGGUGUACCAGUACAUGCAUGAAACCAUUACAGUGAAUGGCUGCCCAGAGUACCAGGCACGGGCCACAGCUAAGGCAACAGUUGCAGCCUUUGCAGCCAGUGAGGGUCAUUCCCACCCGCGGGUGGUAGAGCUACCGAAGACGGAGGAAGGGCUGGGCUUCAAUGUGAUGGGUGGCAAAGAGCAGAACUCACCCAUCUACAUCUCCAGGAUCAUCCCCGGAGGAGUGGCUGAAAGGCACGGCGGGCUAAAGCGAGGGGAUCAGCUCCUUUCCGUCAAUGGUGUGAGCGUGGAGGGCGAGCACCAUGAGAAAGCGGUGGAGUUGCUGAAGGCGGCCAAGGAUAGUGUGAAGCUGGUGGUUCGCUACACCCCCAAAGUUCUGGAGGAGAUGGAGGCCCGCUUUGAGAAGCUCCGUACGGCCCGGCGGCGCCAGCAGCAGCAGAUCCUCAUGCAGCAGCAGCAACAGCAGAACGCGGCCUCGCAGCAGAACCACAUGUCGUAGGUUGUUCCAGAAGAAGAAGUGAAGAAGAGUGUAAAAGGUGGCUCUCAUAGACCAUCCGUUUGCGCUGAGGAUCCCAAAGGAAUCUCUCCGUCGUGGAGGAAACCAACAAGUAGAAGAGUCUUUGACUUCCUCCUCCCUUCCAGUGUACCACCGGUUACUGAGCAAAAACAAAGAGAGCCCUUUGUCCUGAAAUUGGUGCUUUGAAAAACAAGUAUGAGGGAGGCUAGCACUGAAAGUUAACUUUGUAUUCCCUUUUAUAAGUUGUUCUCCCUGGUGGUGAGUCUUACUGACACUCCCUUUCUUGUGUUUGUUGUUUUGUUUACAGUCAUCCACUUUUGAUUGCUUACCGACAUCCAUUACACCGUGGCACCUUUUGCCAUUUUUGCAAUAGAUAUAAUUUGUACAGUGGUGUUUCUAUUGAUUCUUCAACUGGUGCUCGUGUCUCUGUUUGAAUGACCAUCGGUUUCUUUCUUUGUGUCAAACUCGUCCUGUUUUGGAUAAACGUGAACUCUUUUUUACCUUCUAUAUUGUAGCAGGAACGAUUUUCUAUCUUGUAGGUUUAGCAAUAACACACACUUUUCCGUUUUUACAUUUCACCACUAAAUUCACAAUCUGAUACACGCUUAUAUACAGAGUUUAUGGGAAAGGCGCACAUGUAAGUCAUUGUAAAGCAAACUGGGUCUUAUGAACCGUAAGGCAGCUUCUGUGUCCAAAUAUAUCCUCUGUGCCAUUUAAAGAGAUUAUUGAUUUACAGGUGGCAUGAAUAAUUAAUGUGCAAUAACUGCGAUUAUUAACAGACUUUGUAAGCUACACCCAACUGAGAUGUAUCUAUAAAAUAUAUGAGGUUCAAAUCAACCAGUAAAAAUGUUGUCCUGUUCCCGACAGAAAAACAGAAUGUCAGCCGUUUUCAUUUGUGGGAAUUAAAUCAAAAUAUGCUAGAAUUAUUUUUCAGACCUGUCUAUUUUAUAGUUUAGCAGAUCUAACAUGAAGAUGUAUUGGUCCUUUUAAAUAUUAUAAUAUCAGAGAUUUAACAUAAUGUUUUCUUGUUUUAUGUAUUCUUUCAGAAUAUUAUUUUAAGUCUAUUCCUUGUAUAUCAGCUCAGCUUUAGCACAUAGUUCAUGCGUUUCUGUUCUGACAAUUGUUUUUGACAAGACAGAGUAGAAUGUUUCCAUUUCUGUUUUCCUCUGUAUCUGUAAGGUAAAUCUGUUGAUAAAAAUAGAAUUAAAUUUGUACUCUUC